AUGGAGCGCUUGGGAACGCACGGAAUCAAGUGGGGCACAGGUGGGGCUGCAGUUGGGGCGCAGGUAUGGAGGCCGCGGACUGCAAAAUCGAAGGACGCCUGUCGUCCUUCCGCGAAGGCUCCGUCCUUCGCGCUCCUCGCAUAUGGGGCUCCGUCGGGACUGGGCCUAGGAUCGCCCCGGCACUCUGAACCUCGGCUGCAUCGACUGCAUCGGUUGCAUCGGCUGCAUCAUGCACCUAUCUCCUGCCUCGCUCCUUCUGCUUCUCGGGCUUGCUCAUGCCUCUUCGCCCCGGCCUCCGACGGGAGGCUGCAGUGGCAAGAGAUCAGCUGGGACUACCUGGACCCGGACGACUACGAGGGCUACGAGGAGGGGGACUUCUCCCCCUACUGGAAAUAUUGGCAGAGCCACCUGAUGGAUUGAGUGGACUUGGGGCCCUAUUCGACG